UCGCGUCUUUUUCCUCUUGAACUCACAGUAAACAUGAGCUCAUCAACUACUCGCGGCUCUUCUCGUUCAAAUACCACUGAAUCACUAUCAAAUUCUACAACUGAAAACGCACCACCUUCCUCCAAAACUGCCACAAAGAAAAAGGAUUCCUCCAAAUCGCUCAGCAGCAGUGCUAAACGUAUACAAAAGGAACUUGCAGAAAUCUCUCUAGAUCCGCCGUCAAACUGCAGUGCUGGUCCAAAGGGAGAUAACCUUUACGAUUGGGUAUCCACCAUUGCUGGUCCUGCUGGGUCUCCAUAUGCAGGCGGUAUCUUCUUUUUGGACGUUCACUUUCCUCAAGAAUACCCGUUCAAGCCUCCCAAGGUUGUGUUCCGAACUCGUAUUUAUCACUGCAAUAUCAACAGUCAAGGUGCUAUCUGCUUGGACAUUUUGAAGGAUAACUGGUCUCCUGCACUCACCAUAUCAAAGGUGUUGCUCUCCAUUUGCUCGCUUCUUACUGACGCUAAUCCACAUGACCCACUUGUCGGAAGUAUUGCACAACAGUACCUUAAUGACCGAGAAGAGCAUGAUAGAACGGCAAAGGAAUGGACUAAGCGCUAUGCAUGCUAAUCAGGCAUUAUUAAUAUCUCCAUAUUGACAAUUUCAUGAACGUUAUAUGAUUGUAUCGUACUGACACAAAACAUGGACAUAGCUUUUUUUCUGUCUUUCAUUCUUCAUAAGUACGUGCACCAUUGGUUCAUCAAAGAGGUCCUCCUUCUGUCUUUCUUUUUUAUCUUUUCUUUUAGUAGCAAAAUAUUUCAUGUAAAAUAAUAAAGCCAAACCAUCUUAUCAUGAACAUCUUCAA